AUGCAAUCAAUCCUCCUCUUCACGACCUUGGCGAAACUUGAUCAUCUGCUCAAUCGAAAGGCCAUUGUUGUUGGUUCCAUCCCUCACAUACUCCGCCAACCCCUCGCCGCCAAAAUGACCAACACCACCACCGAUUCGGCGCUGGACAUACAAUCGCAAAUCAGCGCGACCAAAUCCAGAAAUGGCGCAACCAUCUUCGAUUCCUACCAGACAUCGCUCACAGGCCGGUAUUGCAGCGCGGAGAUGUCACAGCUCUUCUCCCAGCGUUCGCGUCACUCGACCUGGCGCAAACUGUGGCUUUUCCUUGCGGAAGCGGAAAAGGAGCUUGGCAUUGAGAAUAUCAGUGAUGAGGCGAUUGAACAGAUGAGGAGCCAUUUGAUGGUGACAGAUAGCGACUUCGAGGUUGCAAGGGUCGAGGAGAAGAAGAGGAGACACGAUGUGAUGGCACAUGUGCAUGCCUUUGGAGAGGUCGCGCCCCAGGCGGCGGGGAUUAUACAUUAUGGAGCAACCUCGUGCUACGUGACCGACAACGCCGAGCUCAUCCUUAUGCGCGAUGCCCUCGACCUGCUCCUUCCCAAACUCGCCAAAGUCAUCUCCAACCUCUCCCACUUUGCGGACAAGUACAAGUCCCUCCCUACGCUCGCCUACACCCACCUCCAACCCGCCCAGCUCAUCACGGUCGGCAAGCGGGCCGCCCAAUGGGCACAGGACCUCCUCUUCGAUCUCGACGCCCUCGAGCAUGUCCGCGCUGGUAUGCAAUUCCGCGGCGCCCAGGGUACCACCGGCACACAAGCCAGUUUCCUGGAAAUCUUCAACAACAACAGUGCCAAGUGCGACCAGCUGAACGAGUUGCUCUGCAAAAAGGCCGGCUUCCCAUCCUGCUACCCCGUCUCCACACAGACGUACACGCGCAAAGUCGACCUCAUCAUCUCCAACGCCAUUGCUGGUCUCGGUGCCUCUGCCCAAAAGAUCACUGGCGACAUCAGGCAUCUCGCUGCCUGGAAAGAACUCGAAGAGCCGUUUGAAAAAGACCAAAUCGGAAGCUCAGCAAUGGCAUACAAGCGCAAUCCCAUGCGCAGCGAACGCAUCUACUCGCUAUCCCGCGAACUUCUGUCCAAGCCUGCGAGUUUUGCAAACACCCUCUCCGACCAGUGGAUGGAGCGUACCCUCGACGACAGCGCAAUCCGUCGUAUCGACAUUCCCGAAAUGUUCCUGCUUGCCGACGCCAUCUUGUUGUCCCUUGACAAUGUCACAUCCGGCCUCGUCGUCUACCCCAAACGCAUCGAUGCGCGAGUCCAGGAAGAACUUCCCUUUAUGAUUACAGAAAGUAUCAUCAUGAAGCUAGUUGCAAAAGGCGAAUCGCGCCAAGAAGCCCACGAGCAGAUUCGGGUGCUCUCACACGAAGCCGGCGCACAAGUGAAGCACGAGGGCAAGAGUAAUGAUCUUGUGGAGAGGAUUCGUCAAACGGAGUUUUUUAAACCUAUUUGGGGAGAUUUAAACGACAUGCUGGAUGCGGGGCUCUACACGGGACGUAGCGCUGAGAUUGUGGAGAAGUUUGGGAAGAUUGUGGAGGAGAAAUUGAAGCCUUACAAGGGGUAUAUUGAGAAGGCGGGGGUAGCUGAACUUAGUGUUUAG